GAAAUUAUUAAUAUUUAUAAACCAAAAGUACACUUAAACUGUUCACGAUGUUCCGACCAGUGUGCACAAUCGGCCAAAGAAUCUCAUUUGAGAGGAAAAGUAGAGAAUUUAUCAGGAAUAAAGUGGUUCGUCCUGCUUCGUUCUUGAAUCCUGCUGAAAAAUUGAAACUAUUUAAUAAAGAAAAUAAGGAAUUGUUCGGACCAUUAUUAGAAUCGAGCAAACAGAAAAAACAGCGAGCACGGAAAGCGGCUAAAAAUAGGACAUCACAUCAAAACAACGACUCGACUGCUUCUAACGAAAAUAAAUUGAAAUUCUUAGAAAGUACAGAGAGAAAUGGUGGACAGAGUCAGAUAUUGACUGGUUAUGUGAAGUAUAACCCCGUGCUGGCAGUGAAUGUGUUGAAAACGAAAAUGUGGCAGAAUACUAGGCACUGUGCGAAUUUUGUUGGUGUAGUCUUGAAUAAUACUGUGAGAGGAGUAGCUACCUCUGCAUCAUGUAAUGCAGCCCGUAGCUCCCCAGCCCAGCCUGGCUAUGCAAGCGAAGACAAAAUCCUUCAAAUAAAACCACACAAGAAUGACUAUGCUCAGCAGUAUCCUUCAGUGACCCUGAUCUUGAAUAAGACUAUGACAGAUGAGUCUAGGUCUGCAUUAGAGAAAUGGAAACAGGAACGGAUUGCUGAGAUGGGAUUGGAGGAGUUUAAUAAAUUCUAUGCAGCGCAAAUGGCUGUUGGUACCAAAUUCCACAGCACCUUGAAGAACUACUUCACGCAGCCACAAACUCAGCUUCGCAUAGAAAAAGAGGUCGAAGGUGUAUGGGUGUCAGUAGCUGAUGUUUUGAAACACAUUUCAUCACCAAAAGCAAUAGAAUCAAAUGUCAUACACCCUGUAUUGAAAUACAGGGGUAUUUUUGAUGCAAUUGCUGAUUAUGAUGAGAAACCAACUCUAAUCGAAUGGAAGAAAUCGGACAAACCUCGCAAAUCGAUAGCGAAUACUUACGACAACCCUGUCCAACUCGCUGCUUACUAUGGCGCAGUGUGCCACGACCUUAACUACAAACACUUGAACGUACGAGACGCAUUAUUGGUCAUAGCAUACACAGACGGCUCUAAAGCUGAUGUAUUCCACCUCUCUUCGGAUAAACUAAGGGAGCACUGGGCACAGUGGCUCAUCAGAUUAGAGGAAUACACGAAAAAGUUCGGUAAUGAUUCUGAAAAGCUUUUAAAAGGCGGGAAAAGAUUGUUUGAGGAAGAUAUCGGGAAUCUCCAGUAAGUUACGUGGAGCCAGAUGAGAGUCGAGACAAUCCAAAAUGGAUGACAUGAAAUGUUAAGUUUUGUUAACUACUACACCCGCCUUAUUCACAUGUUGUCUCCUAC